GUUAUUUCAGGAUCUGGAGAGAAGAAUCCGAGAUUGUCGGGGAAUGAUUCACACUGUGAAGGAACUUCUCCUCACUACCAGCUAAGCCCGGGAAUGGAGUUGGAUGGAAGAGUAUACAAAUCAAAUGGGACCAUCCGCCAUCCGGUAGCUGCUAGGCGUGCGUCUCACGCGAUGGGGACGUGUCUCGCCGCUUGUACGAAGAAGCGAAGACUUUACUGGGCUUUACCAUUUUUUAGGCAAAUUAAGGACUUUUCUUAGGAUGGGGAAGAGUAGGGAGAGGGGGAAAUACUGCAGCUAUUAGGUGAGAGAACGGAGAAAGCUCAGAGGAGGAGAGGAAGGAGAGGAUGGCGGGGGGAGGCAGCAGGACGGCGAGGGCGCACGCGGCGAUGGCGGUGGUGCAGGCGGCGAACGGAGGUUACCACGUGCUCACGAAAUCGGUGCUGGACGUGGGGAUGAACCAAGUCGUCUUCUGUGUCUACCGUGACCUCCUCGCCCUCUGCAUCCUCGGCCCCCUCGCCUUCUUCCGUGAGAGGAGGGUUCGCCCACCACUGACUCGUCGGCUUCUCGCAUCAUUUUGCCUUCUUGGAUUAACUGGGAUUUUUGGCAACCAGCUUCUAUUUCUUCUGGGGCUCAGUUACACAAAUCCAACUUAUGCAGCAGCUGUUCAGCCUGCAAUACCAGUCUUCACAUUUAUGUUCGCUGUGUUAUUGGGUGCUGAGAUGGUGAACUUGCGUACAUAUGAAAGCCACAUGAAGGUUUUGGGCACGCUUGUCUGUGUUUCAGGGGCCAUAUUGAUGGUUUUAUAUAGAGGUCCAGCGAUAAUUGGACCCAGUGUCUCUGAUGGAAUAUCUCAGAAUGGGGCAAGAAUGAAGCCUCAGCUUGAGUUGGCUGGGUCUCUAGCAUCAAGAUUGCUUGAGUUUGGUUUUGACAAAUGGCACAUUGGUGUUUUGUGUUUAAUUGGAAAUUGUUGUUGCAUGGCUGCUUAUCUAGCUUUACAGGCUCCAGUAUUGACAAAGUAUCCUGCCAGUUUAUCUUUAACAGCAUACUCUUAUGCUUUUGGUGCAUUCUUGAUGGUAUCGACAGGACUGCUUGCAACUAAUGGUUCUACAGACUGGACCUUGACAUGGUCUGAGAUAAUAGCUGUCCUAUAUGCUGGAAUCAUUGCAUCUGCUCUUAACUAUGGGCUAACGACAUGGUCCAACAAAAUCAUAGGACCUACAUUAGUGUCUCUGUACAAUCCACUCCAACCUGCAUUUUCUGCCUUCCUGUCAAAAGUGUUCCUGGGAAACGCCAUCUAUCUCGGAAGCGUUAUUGGGGGUGCUUUGAUCAUUGCUGGAUUAUACCUGGUCACAUGGGCCCGCUACAAAGAGGCACAGGCAGGCAAGAGUAUCUUAUAUGUAAAUGAUGACUCCGCCCCUCUUCUUCCCGAGGAUCCACCACUUACCAAGAAGGGAGACAUUUUCUCUGGCCCCUCGGAGCCACAUGAAUCAUGAUAAGUUGCAUUCCUCUUAUCCCAUUCUGAGAUUUGCCCAUCAAAGUACGGAGAUAGAGGGCAUCCAGAUUCCAGAUGCCGGAGUCUUUUCCCAAGGAAGAGUUCUCUCUGUAGCAACAGUUCUGCUAUUCACAAAAAUUGGUUCUUCGCACUGUGUGACUUUAUUCAUGUUCUGUUAUUCACAAGAAAGAAAGUUCAGAUUACCAGCCUCACAACGUUAUUAUCUGAAGUGAAGCUGAAUCUGAAGUGUUUCUCUUAGUUAAUUUCUGAAGUGAUUACGGGCAACGGCAUCCAUUAAAGCAGAAAAAACUCCAUACCUUCCUGACCACAAAAUAUGCUGCGAGUCUAAGCUGGAGGAGAAAAACCUAGCCAAUAGAGGUGUAGAAAAAAAAGAAGCCUUGCGAGCUGAAGGUCCUCUCACGUAUGUUUCUUGACACUUUUCUAUGGUGGAGGCUAUAUGGUGAUGCAGGUUGAAGUCCUUAAGUCAGCACCACUGGCAAAGAGGUGUAUAAGGUUUAUCUGCUUCCUUGAGUUGCUAUUUGUCUAUCUUCUUUUGUAAACAGCUUAAGGAUUAUAUAUAUUACUCAAAUCAGCAAGUCAUGAUAUGUGUUGACAUCAUGAUAGGUGGUUGAAGUUGCUUUGUUUCUAGUAGAUCUCUCCAAAAGAAAAUCUUUUGAU